AUGAAAUUCGGAUCACAGUUAAAGGGCUCUUUGUAUAGAGAGUGGGCAGAGUACUAUCUUGACUAUGACGGGUUGAAAAAACAUCUGAAGAGAGGGGAGAAGCAGGAAAGAGGGUAUACGGAGAAGGACGAGAGCGAUUUUGUGGAGAAAUUGGAUAAAGAGUUGGUGAAGAUAUAUAAUUUUCGGCUUGCAAAAUACGAAGAGAUCCAAGAACGUGUUCAGAACUGUGAAAAAGCCGUAGCAUCAAUAAAUAAAAGUCCCCCAAUGAAUGUUCCGGAUAGAUAUGCAGAAGUAGAACGUGAAAUCAAUGCCAUCACCGAGGAAUUGAACGAGUUGGCCAAGUAUGCGAGACUGAAUUAUACAGGCAUUAUAAAAAUUGUCAAGAAGCACGAUAGGCCAAUGUUUAACGUUCGUCUAAACGCAAAACCGUUCUAUAAAGAGACGUACGAGCCGAUCAUAGUCCAACUCUCCCGUCUUUACCAUAUAGUUCAUACCGGUCUUGGAAUAGAUCAGAUGUCAUCACAGAUCUCUUCCACACCCUCGUUCUCAUUUUCGUCAUCAUGGCAUCCUCCCCAUACAGAACGGAUCUCGCGUCACUCGUACAAAUUCUGGGUUCAUCCCAACAAUAUUAUGGAAGUCCGUACCACCAUCCUUCGCCAUUUACCCGUAUUAAUAUAUAAAACUAGUUCGGAUUCGUCGAUAACUUCGGUCUAUUUCGACAAUCAGUCCUUUGAGUUGUACCAGGAUAAAAUUGACCACAAGGACGGGGAGCAACUAAUAAGGCUGCGGUGGUACGGGUCAAAAGAGCAUGCGAAGAAGAUAUUUGUCGAGAGGAAAGUUAGGCAACAAGGAGAGCAAGAGAUCAAAGAUAGAUUUAUGGUCAAGGACAAGAACAUGAGCGCGUUCUUGAAUGGGACGUGGUCGCUGGAAAAGAGGAUCGAAAAGAUGAGAGAGAUUCCUGGAAAGUCUGAGCAAGAUAUCGAGCGAUUCAAAGAGUUUGUCGCCGACGUUCAAACUAUGAUCAAGCGAAAAGACCUUGAGCCUGUCCUUUGCUCACAUUACAAUCGCAUGGCAUUCCAAAUACCGGGUGAUGGCCACGUGCGUAUUACUCUCGAUACCAAUUUGGUCUUGCUAAGAGAAGAUAACUUUGAUACUAUCCGACGUCCUGAAGACAAAUGGCACCGGCCCGAUAUGGAUGAAGAAAAUUAUCCGUUUAAUAAACUACCAGCUUCGGACAUUGUGAGAUUCCCAUAUGCGGUAUUGGAAGUAAAGUUGAAUUUGGAAGCAGGCGAACGAGAACCUGCAUGGGUUAUGGAGCUGAUGAAGAGUCAUUUGGUCGAGGAAGCCCCACAGUUUUCAAAGUAUGUCCAUGGUAUAGCGACCUUAUUCACAUCUCAAGCGCCAUCAUUACCGUUCUGGCUUCCAAAUAUUGACAAGGACAUUUUGAAACCGCCAAACGAUCGCACCACAUCUUACGACUCUGAUGAUGACGAAACACCCUCCACUUCCACCUCCAAACCAUUAAAUAUCCAACCACAAGCACGUUCACGGCAUGUACCCUCACGUAACGCCAAACCGAUUUACGUAGAAGUUGUUGACGAACCGUAUCAGGAAAGCACCCAUCUAAAUGAUCGAGUUUCCUCUUCGAGCCCGUUAUCUCUGGAUACGAUUAGGCGAUUAUUUACAAAAUCUCAACGCAGAUCGCCAUCUCCGGUGAAAUUGCCUCCGGGUAUUAGUCCCCCGAAAAAAUCCAAAGAAGCGCCUAGAGUAGAGCCCAAAGUUUACUUGGCCAAUGAGAGAACGUUCUUCGCAUGGUUGAGGUUUAGCGUGUUGCUGGGUACUUUUGCGUUGGCCUUGUUCAAUGCUGGAGGAGAAGAACCUAUUGGAAGGCUUUGUGGGUUAUUGUAUAGUCUAAUCAGUGUAUCUGUAUUGUUCUAUGCGUUGAUCCGGUUUCAUCAGAGGACUGUAAUGAUCAAGUCUAGCUAUGGUGGACCAUAUGAUGAUUUGGUUACCCCAACCCUUGUUUGUGGUUCGCUAUUUGUAGCUGUUGGCCUUAAUUUCUGGUUAAAACUUGGACCCAAAAUGCCAAAGAAAUUGCCUGUCCCUGAUUAUAAUAAUAAAGUAGUGCCGGAGAAUAAUCAUUUGGGCACUUUCGAUCAGAUAAGAAUGUUCUACGGAAAGCAGCAAGGAAAUGCAAACGAUUGGUGGAUGUGGAUAAGAAGGUGGCAGGAGAAAGUUGCGCUGGAGGCAAUGGCGCUGCAACUCAGACAGAAACAACGUGCAGAGGAAAAGAAGCUACGCGAUACGGAGCUAUUGAAGAGCAAACACUCUCAAAAUAUCAUAAAGCAAGAAAAUACUGCAACACCAUCCUCCAAUUCUUUACUCCUCAAACACUCUGGUAACACAGUCAUUCAGUCUGUUGAAACAGAGAAACAAGAAAAACCAUCUCGUCGUAAGAGAAAACGCAAAGUUAAAUCUGAAGACAAAUCAGCAGCUAUAGAGAAGCCGGCCCGAAAAGCUCGAAAGUCUAGAGCACGAAAGGAUGCUAAGCGGAAAGCUGAGACGGGUAGUGUAUCAGUUGGGAAAUAA